AAAAACCCGCGAGUAUUUGGUUCAACAAGUCCUACAACCGCCUGUUAUGUGAACAAACUGCUUUAAUCUUGCACUAUUUGACCAGUUUUCUGCACAUAAUGCCAGCCACGAGUGAUAUACAUCCAGCAGGAGAGUUUAAGUCAGCAGCAGCAGCAGAAAAGCAGAGUCCUGAGGAUGCAGUUCAUUUCUCUCUGUUCUGUGAUGAACGCGGAUAUCUGAACCAGAUUAAAUACAUUUUACACAAUGGAGUGAGAAAAGGAGACCGAACAGGAACAGGAGUCGUGUCUGUGUUUGGGUUACAGGCCCGAUACAGCCUCAGAGAUCAGUUUCCUUUGCUAACAACAAAACGUGUCUUCUGGAAGGGGAUUUUGGAGGAGCUACUGUGGUUCAUCAAGGGUUCAACUAACGCAAAAGAGCUUUCAGAGAAAGGUGUGAAGAUUUGGGAUGCCAACGGCUCACGGGAGUUUCUUGAUAAGAACGGAUUCACCGAGCGUGAGGAAGGUGACCUGGGCCCUGUGUAUGGCUUCCAGUGGAGACACUUUGGAGCAGAGUACAAAGACAUGCAUUCUGAUUACUCCGGCCAAGGUGUCGACCAGUUGCAGAACGUUAUUAACACCAUCAAAUCCAAUCCAGAGGACCGGAGGAUCAUCAUGUGUGCCUGGAACCCUAAAGAUCUGCCCCUGAUGGCUCUGCCACCUUGUCACGCUCUGUGCCAGUUUUACAUCUCUGACGGUGAGCUGUCAUGUCAGUUAUACCAGCGCUCCGGAGACAUCGGCCUGGGUGUCCCCUUCAACAUUGCUAGCUAUGCCCUACUCACAUACAUGAUCGCCCACAUCACAGGGCUGAAGCCUGGUGAUUUUGUACAUACUCUUGGUGACGCUCACAUCUACCUCAACCACAUUGAGCCUCUAAAAAUACAGCUUCAGAGGGAGCCACGGCCUUUCCCUAAGCUAAAGAUCCGUCGCAACGUCGAACGCAUUGAUGAUUUUACAGCUGAGGAUUUUGAGAUAUGUGACUAUGAUCCAUAUCCUACAAUCAAGAUGCAGAUGGCAGUAUAAUCACAGUUUCUUGCUAAAUGUAAACAGCCAGUUUUGUAAUGUUUACUGUUACUGUAAAUAUUUAUCCUAAAAUUUGUUUUGCUAAUAUAAAUUCGAAAUAAACAAUCCAUACAAAUCUG